CUUACAUUAACUCUUUUCUCUUACUUCUGGAGCAUGCGUACUGCGAGGGUUGAGAUUUAGACUCGUUGAAAUUCGUGGCAAGACUGGACCAUUACCAAAGUCGGCCGCCUUAUAUCUCUUCACGAGUGGCAGAGUAUCCCCACCACUCCACUUUAUUCUGAAAGCAUACAUAUUGUGUAGAUUAUUGAAUGUAUAAGUGAUCCAAUUAUAUAUUUACAUUAUUUGUUUUGUAUUAUUUGUGGAAAACGCGUAAGGCAAAAACUGUAAUGUGUACUUGUCGAAAUUCAAAACAAACUGAACUAGUAACUAUCAAAGUUGUUCGAAGGCGCGCCUUUUUGUUGUCACGGGUGGGAAAAUAUCUCCACCACACCAUUUCAAUCUAAAAUAAAAUAAUCUGCAUAGAGUUUUGAAAGUAUGAGCGAUGUACUCAUGUACUUACAUAACUAAUACUUGCGUGGAUCGUGUCCUACGAUUACUUCGUGUUGAAUUUAUCGGUGUACAAUUCAAAAUUAAUUUUGUAAUUGUCACAGUUAUUUGUAAACCCGAGUAUAUUAUUUAUAUGAGGCGAACUAUUCCGAGAUUAUUAUUUUUAAGUAUUGAUUUUUUGAAUUAAAAUUAUAAUAAAUCAAUAUCUUUGAUUUGGAUCAAAAAAUGUAAUCCUUACAAGCGAUGAGAAAAUCAUCUGCUUCGCGAAAACGAAACACCCACCAUUGAAGCAUUUAUAUCAAUAUCAGUAUGUGUAAUAUGUUUCUUUUCUUUUGCUGCGAUGUUCAAAAAACGUCGACGAAACUUUUUUCUGCAAAAAUGUCAAAAACAUUGUUUAUGCCAACAGGAAAUCCAGGCAAAAUUUUUGACUGAUUUUAAUAUCUGAGAUCUCGUUGUAAAGAUGUAGGUUUAGAUGAGGACAUAGCUUUUUCAAAUUUUUGAAGUAGCUUUAUAUUUAUGCAUAAACUAUUCUCACAAAAACAUCUUUUUUGACACAUCUUUUUCCAAAGAAUAUGAAGUUUUUUCAAAAAUUCGAUAAAGUCGUCUCCAUUUUUAAACCCUCUUCAUUUCUUGAGUCUUCAUUUUUAAAUGAAGCUUUUUUCAUCAAAAUCGGUCAUAAAUUACGCUUAUUAUUGUUUAUGGACUCAUUAUUUAUGGUGUAAGCAUCAUAAAAUCGGGUGCGAUCAAAAGCUUUAAAUAUUCAAUUGAUUUCUUUAACAUAACCUAAAUUUAUAACGAAAUCGAUUGAACACGUGUAUUUGCGUUGACACGCAGAGAUCAAGAUACUUUUUUAUUGGAUAUAAUUUAUAUUUAAUAUAUACACAAUUGUGAUUAAGAAAAAUAAACUGUAAUUAGUGAUAUUUCUGAAAAAUUUCAUAGAAUUAUGUCUGAAACAGAAAACAGAGAAAUAUAUAUUGCAUAUGACUCGACUAUGCCAGAAACAAACGAAAAUAAAAUCUUCAAUUGUGCUUAUUCGGAUAUUACAGAUGAUUCUAAUGAUAGUAAAAGUAUAUUACUGGAAUCGGUAAGAUUUAAUAAUUAUAUUAUAGAUACGAAUGUAUUUUAUCCAUUAAAUGAUGAAGCACACGAAACACAUGAAGCAUGUAAUUCUACAUCUGAACCGAUAGAAGAAAAUAAAUAUCAAAAAAUAAUCCAUUCUGAUAAAGCUAUUACUAACAUUGAAUGUAUUAGUACAGAACCUAUUAAUGAUGACAAGGUUGAAUGUAUAGCUACAGAACUUAUUAUAAAUGAUAAUGCUAAACAUGUAGAAAUUAUUACUGAAGAAGCCAAUAAUCUUGGUAUUCACAUUUCUACCAUGGAUAAUGAUAAUAUAAUUUCAUAUAAAAUACCAGAUAGCAAAACAACUUCAUCUCUUUCUGCAAUUGCUGUAGAAUAUGAUUCUGAUAUAGAUAAUGAAGAUAGUGUAUAUACUGAUACAAAUAAAAGUUUGCAUCUUAAUAAAAAUCAAAAUAAUGAAAAUAUAGAAAUCUUAAAUUGUGAAAAUACAAAUAUGUAUCGUGUAAAGAAUGAACAGUUAUCUAGUAAAGAUAGUGAUAGUGAUAGUGAUAGCGACAAUGAUGAUUUUAGCAAUAGUAGUGAUUCAUCAGUAAUAGUUUUACCAAAUGAUUCAGAUGAAAAUAGCGACAGUGAAACAAAGAGAAAUAAAAUAAAUGAUAAAAAACAAUCUAAGGAAAAGGAACUAAAAAGUGAGUUAGAUGAUCUUCCUCCAAUAGAAGAUCUUAAAAUAUCUGUAUCUGAAAACUCAUGUGAUUUAGUUGGAGAAGUUGCCUGGAUGGUUGAACAAUUAGUAGUUGUCCGUCCUAAAGCUAGUAAACCAACUCUUAAUUUAGAUACUGUCCUUUUUAUUGAUAAAGGAAAAAGAGCAUUAGGUAGGAUAUUUGAUGUUUUUGGACGAGUUUCUGAUCCACAUUACUGUGUACGAUUUAAUAGUCCUGCACAUAUAAAAGAAAAUGAAAUUAGUAUUGGCAUGGAAGUUUAUUAUUGUCCAAACUCACCAUAUACAUCCCUCGUCUUUUUACAUGAAUUAACUAAAAUGAAAGGUACUGAUGCUGUUGAUGAUGAAGAGGCUCCAGAUUUUUCUGAUGAUGAAGAAGAAAGGAAAUAUUAUGAAAAUUUAAAACAAAAGAAAGUAAAUGAAAUAAUUAGUUCAGAAGAGAAUACUCCACAUAAGCGAAGACGCAAGUCAACAUCGAGUUGGCAGUCUAACCAUCCUUGGAAUAGAAACAUAGUAAAAAAUUUUAAAGGAAGGAAAUCUCAUGUUAGGAAGAAUGAUAAUUCUGCUAUAUCUAAUUCAUAUAAUUCACCAUGGACAUCGUUUCCAUAUUUUAAUAAUUUAAAUUACACAACUAAUUUUCAACAAAUGCAUUCAACGCAUAAUGGACUUUAUGGAUAUAUGCCCUAUUCAAAUAACUUGCAAACUAACAGUAUAAAUCAAAAUUCCAAUAAGUACAAUAUCAACUCUCAAUGUAUUAAUAUCAGCAGGAAUGAAACAACAACACCAAACCCUAAAAUCCCUUUUGAAAUGCUUCCCAGGUUUCAAUCUGCUGCAUCAGUUAGUGUUAAUAGACACAAUACAUUUUCAACUCCAGAUAUAAGAUAUCCACAUACAGAUAUAUAUUGGCAAUCACAAACUUCAUAUGUAACUUCACCCUUAUCAUUUUUACCUCCACCACCACCACCUCCACCUCCACCUUCCAUAGAACAAAACCAUGAUACUUUACAAUAACAAUGUAUUAAUGUCAAAUGAAAAUAAUAAAAUUAUAAAUAAAAAAUAUUUCAGAUCUAACCAUAUUACCAUUUUUAUUAAAUAUUAGUAUUAGUAAAAUUUCUUUACUUUGUAUAAAUAUUUAUAUACACUUUUAUAUUUGCAUAUUAAACAUAAUGUAUUCAAAUGUUUUACCUCAUUAGAUUAACAUAAUA